AUGAGCACCUUGACCGAGGACCAGCACUUCACGGACGAGUAUUUCCGCACGACAGUGGCACCAAAGCAGAUCAAUGAACACCGCGAGCGCGUCGAAGCGUUCCUCGACCAUCACCAGGUCGUGGGUAAAUGCGUCGCAAUCGUGACUGCAGGGGGCACGACCGUCCCGCUGGAACAAAACACGGUGCGAUUCCUCGACAACUUCUCCACGGGCUCGAGAGGUGCCGCUUCUGUCGAGUAUCUGCUGGCAAUUGGAUACGCAGUGAUCUACGUGCACCGUCCUGGAUCGAUCGCUCCUUUUGCGAGACACUUGCAACGUGCGACAUGUACGGCGCUGGAUGCGGAUUUCUUGCAGUACGUUGAUGUACCCAUUAACAGUAAGAACGUGCGCGAGCAACAGAUCCGUCUAAUGAUCGAGGAUCCUUCUGCCAAGAAAGACGUGGUCGAUGCUGUUCAUAAACUGGAGAACGUGCGUGCGGCCAACACGCUACUAGCGCUGCCAUUCACGUCAGUAGACGACUAUUUUUUCGUCCUGCAGAUGAUCGCGACGUGUGUCGCACCUUGGAAAGAGCGUGCUUUGUUCCUCCUGGCAGCAGCUGUGAGUGAUUUUUACAUUCCACAACGAGACUUGCUGGAACACAAGAUCCAGUCACGAGCAGGUCCGCUCCACUUGACGCUGCAGCAAGUUCCCAAGAUGCUCGGCGUUUUGCGUCACAAGUGGGCGCCGCAGUCAUUUGUAGUGUCGUUCAAGCUCGAGACGGACCGAGAGAUUCUGUGUAAGAAGGCAAAGCAAGCGAUCGAUAAGUAUGCGAUGCACGUGGUGGUCGCGAACGAGCUGCACUCACGAUAUAAUGAGGUGCUUCUGAUUACGGACAUGGAAGAACGUCUGAUCUCGCGGCCGGAGGAAGAAGCUGAUAUUGAGAGGGUCUUGAUGGAAGCGUUGGCACGUUUGCAUUACCAGUACAUCGCGUCGCACGACAUCUCGAUCCCUGAAGAAGUUGGUAGUCGCGUUUUGCGACGUGCCCUUUUCAACUCUUGGAAGAAAAAGUUGCCCACGUCGAUGCAAAGGUUGCUCUGUGUCAUGGACGAGCACAAAGAGGAGAUUUUAGGUGUCGUCGUCGGCGGGUUGCUCUCUGUCCUGCUCAACAGCAUGCUGCAGCGUCGUAACCGCUAG